CUGGUUGCUGGCCGAUUUGACUGGCGAGAAACCAAAAUAGUUGGGGGGCUUGAGAAUUUCAAUCUUUUUCUAUUCUAUUGGAUUGAUUCACUAAAUCUACCGAUAAAUCUGGAAUUGAAGAAUCCGGAACCACCAGGAAUUGUUUCACGCUUAUCUCAGUCGCCACGAAUUGAUUUUUGCGCCAAAAGUUUCCCCUUCGUGUUGGCCCGAAGAGAAAAAAAAAGAUGGCUCCCAAACGGAAGGUGGAUGACGACUUCGUCAUGACGUUGUCCGACGACGAGAACGACACGCUCAAUCCGCUUGACGAGGAAGGUGACGACGACGAACUCGCCUCGAAGAAGACGACCGCCGCGGCGACGAAAAAGCGCAAGAGGGAGGAGCCGGCCGAUACCAAGAACAAGAAGGUGAAGCAGCAGGACAACAAGAAGAAGCAGGCCAACAAGUCGUCGAAGAAGGGCGCGAAGCAGGCUGCGCAACCGGAGUCGGAAGAAGAGGAGGACGCGGAAGAUGACAGCGAAGAUGAGGAUGCCGAUGCCGCCGAGGAUGAUGGGGCCCUGAACCCGGACUUCGAAUUCGAUGUGGGAGGGGUUGCGAAUGAGGUGACUGAGUUCGAUGGGUGGGCGCAGAAUGUGCCUGACGAGGAGGCGCGCAGAAACGGCGACAAGAAGGCGGUGGACAUUGAUGAGAUUAUCGAGAGGCGGCAGGCGAAGAAAGAGGCUGCGGCGAAGAAAAAGCAGAAGAAGCAGCAGCAGCAGCAGCAGAUGGCUGAGGAGGAGGAUAGCGGAGAUGAGUCGGAUGGGGGUAUGUCCGUCGAUUUCGGCGAUGACGAGCUGCUGGCGGAGGAUGGCUUCGGCAUGGGCGCUGAUGGUGAGGAUGAGAGCGGAAAUGAAAAUGUGGACGAGGAGUCGGAAGAGGAGGUCGAUGAGGAUGACGAGGAUGAUGAGGAUGAGGACGAAGAUGAGGAUGCCGCUUCCGACGACGACUCCGUCGCUACUCCUGUCGCGCACCCUGACGAUGUGGGCGCCGACGAGGAAUCUGAUGCGGAGAGCGAAGUCGACGCCGAAGAAGCAGCCAAACGCAAGGCAUUCUUCGCCCCCGAGGAGAAGACUGAGACCUCCGCUGUCAACGCGAAACGCUCCUUCCAGGACUUCAACCUGUCGCGACCUAUUCUUCGUGGUCUGGCUGCGGUCAACUUCUCCAACCCGACCCCCAUCCAGCAGAAGGCCAUCCCCGUUGCGCUUCUCGGCAAGGAUAUCGUUGGUAGUGCCGUUACUGGUUCCGGUAAGACGGCUGCCUUCGUCGUUCCCAUUCUCGAACGUUUGCUCUUCCGUCCGCGCAAGGUCCCUACCAGCCGUGUCGCGAUUCUGAUGCCCACUCGUGAGUUGGCAGUCCAGUGUUACAAUGUGGCCACCAAGCUGGCCACCUACACCGAUGUCACCUUCUGUCAGUUGGUUGGUGGUUUCAGCCUGCGGGAGCAGGAGAACAUUCUCAAGAAGCGGCCCGACGUGAUUAUUGCCACCCCGGGUCGUUUCAUCGAUCAUAUGCGGAACUCGCCUAGUUUCACGGUUGAUACGCUCGAGAUUCUGGUGCUCGAUGAAGCCGACCGCAUGCUCGAGGACGGUUUCGCCGACGAACUGAACGAGAUCUUGACCACGAUCCCCAAGUCCCGCCAAACCAUGCUCUUCUCCGCUACGAUGACCGACACCGUCGAUAAGCUUAUCCGCGUCGGUCUGAACCGUCCCGUGCGCCUGAUGGUCGAUUCGAAGAAGAACACGGCCUUGACGCUGACCCAGGAAUUCGUGCGUCUCCGCCCUGGCCGGGAGGACAAGCGUCUGGGUUACCUGCUGUAUCUGUGCAAGGAAAUCUACACUGGACGAGUGAUUGUAUUCUUCCGCCAAAAGAAAGAGGCCCACCGCGUCCGCAUUGUUUUCAGUCUGCUCGGGUUGAAAGCUGCCGAGCUUCACGGUAGCAUGAGCCAAGAACAGCGUAUCAAAAGCGUGGAAAGCUUCCGUGACGGCAAGGCUGCCUUCCUCCUGGCCACCGACUUGGCGUCUCGUGGUCUGGAUAUCAAGGGCGUGGAGACGGUCAUCAACUACGAAGCUCCGCAGAGCCACGAGAUCUAUCUGCACCGUGUCGGUCGUACCGCGCGUGCCGGUCGGUCGGGUCGGGCCUGCACGAUUGCGGCCGAGCCCGACCGCAAGGUGGUGAAGGCCGCCGUCAAGGCCGGCAAGACUCAAGGUGCCAAGAUCGCCAGUCGAGUGAUCGACCCUGCGGUUGCGGACUCGUGGGCGGCUAAGGCCGAAGACUUGGCCGAUGAAAUCGAGGAAGUUCUGGAAGAGGAGAAGGUGGAGAAGCAGCUGGCACAAGCGGAGAUGCAGGUGACCAAGGGAGAGAAUCUGAUCAAGCACGAGAGCGAGAUCAAGUCCCGGCCCAAGCGGACGUGGUUUGAGACCGAGAAAGACAAGCGUGCCGCUCGCAAGCUGGGCGCGGAGGCCUUGAACGGACCCGGUCAGUCGAAGAAGGAGAAGGUGAAGCUGAGCAACAAGGACAAGAAGAAAUUGGAUGACUCCCGACAGCGUUUGGAGGGCAAUGCCGGCUGGAAGAAGGGCAAGAACACGCGAGAGCUCAAAGAUCCCUCGAAGAAAUACAAGCGGUUUCAGCCGCUCCACCUUCCUGACCGCCAAUGGCCCAACAAGGUCAUCGAUACCCCUCCCCGCUGGCUGGCCACGGAUUUGAGAGAUGGUAACCAGAGCUUGCCCGACCCCAUGGACGGGGAACAAAAACUCCGCUUCUUCAAGAUGCUCCGCGACAUCGGUUACAAGGAAAUCGAAGUCUCCUUCCCCUCUGCCUCUCAAACUGACUUCGACUUUACCCGUCGCCUGGUCGAAACCCCUGGCUUGGUUCCCGACGAUGUAUGGCUGCAAGUCCUGUCCCCGUGUCGCGAGGACCUGAUCCGGCGCACGGUAGACUCCCUCAAGGGAGCCAAGAAGGCGAUCCUGCACAUCUACCUGGCUACGAGUCCGUGUUUCCGGCGCAUCGUCUUCAAUAUGGACAAGGAGAAGAGCUUGGAGAUGGCCGUCCGCUGCACCAAGUAUGCGCGGUCGAUCACCAAGGACGACCCCGAGAUGGCCGGUACAGAAUGGCACUUCGAGUUCUCGCCGGAGACGUUCUCGGAUACCGAACCCGAGUUCGCCGCACAGGUCUGUGAGGCCGUCAAGGCCGCCUGGGAGCCCACGGCGAAGGACCCCAUCAUUUUCAACCUGCCCGCCACCGUGGAGAUGUCGACCCCCAAUGUCUUCGCCGACCAGGUCGAGUUCUUCUGCCGCAACGUCUCUGAGCGCGAGAAGUACGUUGUCUCCGUGCACCCCCACAACGACCGCGGUUGCGCCGUUGCCGCCGCGGAAUUGGCCCAGAUGGCCGGCGCACAGCGUGUCGAAGGUACCCUGUUCGGUAACGGUGAGCGUACUGGAAACGUGGACCUGGUCACUCUGGCCCUCAACCUGUACACGCAAGGUGUCUCGCCGAAGGUCGACUUCUCCGAUAUCAAUGCAGUCAUCAAGGUCGUCGAGGAGAGCAACAAGAUCCCCGUGAACGAGAGAUGGCCCUAUGGCGGGCAGCUGGUGGUGUGCGCCUUCAGCGGCAGUCACCAGGACGCGAUCAAGAAGGGAUUCAAGCUUCGCGAGGAGGCGGGCGCCAGCGACGACACGAAAUGGGAGAUCCCCUACUUGCCCUUGGACCCGCAGGACAUCGGCCGGACCUACGAGGCCGUCAUCCGGGUCAACUCGCAGAGCGGCAAGGGUGGUGCCGCCUGGGUCAUCCUGCGCAGCCUGGAGCUGGAUCUCCCGCGCGCUCUGCAGGUGGAGUUCAGCAAGAUCGUGCAGCGCAAGACCGAGGAGGUCAGCCGCGAGCUGCUGCCCAGCGAAUUGGUGGGCCUGUUCGAGGAGGCCUACCACCUCAAGUCCAACCCGCGCUUCACGCUGAUCGACUACAACAUCACGACGGACCGGUCGACCUCCCCCGCGCCCCCCGAGCCCGGCAAGGCUCUCAACACCAAGAACCUCAAGCGUCGCUUCACCGGUAUCAUCGAGAUCGACAACGUCCAGCACGGCAUCACCGGCGUGGGCCCCGGUGCCAUCUCCUCGCUGGCCAACGCCCUGGCCACCUUGGGCAUCGACCUCGAUGUCGUUGACUACAAGGAACACGCCAUUGGUCUGGGUCGCGACGUCAAGGCUGCCACCUACAUCCAGUGUACUGCCGCCGGUAGCAAGGAAACCGUCUGGGGCGUUGGUAUCCACCAGGAUGUUGUCCAAGCCAGUUUGAUUGCUCUCCUCAGCGCCGCCAGCUCUUUCCUCACCAGCCGCGCCGGCUCUCCUGCCCCAUUCCGCCCCAUCCGUUCCAACACUCUCACAGACGAGGACCUCGAAGCCCUCGAAACCCUCGCCGGCAGCUCCAAGCCCAAAGUCGAUCUGGCCAACCUGACCAAGCAAGCCGAGAGCCAGUGAUUGGCUGUCUCCUAUCAAUCCAAACCAAAAAUAAGCCUUUGUUCACCUUCAACCAUACCAAAACUUCUUUCUUUCUUUGUUGUUUCGGGAGCAUUUGUUUCUUGUUUUAUAAUGUCUAGGGGCGGGUCCUGAGAGAAAGAUAUCCUUUUUUUUUUG